AUGUCGCAAGGAACUCGUUUCGCGAGGCCCUUUCACCCUCGGUACCCACAUGCUAAAUUAUUCCGCUGGCGACCAAAAGCUUUUCCGAUUGAGACACCACCGAACAAAAGUGGCGAAGGACACCUGCAUAUAGGUGGCUCUCAUCGUUUUACAAGUCGCUGA